AUGGCAAAUGGCGGUGGCUGCGGUGGUGGUGGCAGUGGUGGCAGUUGCGGUUGUGGCUGCUGCUGCACCCACAACGGAGCUAAGGUUGAGGAGAUACAGCCACAUCCAGUGAUGGAGCAGCUGCCAGGCAUCCAAUAUUGCAUCAAUAGUCCUCCUCCAUGGAUUGAGGCUCUGGUUUUGGGGUUCCAACAUUAUAUCAUGACUCUAGGCACUACUGUCUUGAUUCCAACUAUGUUUGUCAAUCAAAUGGGUGGUGGCAAUGUUGAGAAGGCUAAGGUGAUACAGACCUUACUCUUUGUUUCAGGGUUUAACACAUUGUUACAGCCCUUAUUUGGUACCCGGCUUCCAUCAGUAAUCAGUGGUUCAUACUCCUUUAUUGUUCCGAUGACUUCUAUUCUACAUGCCAAAAGAUAUCAGACGACACUAGACCCUUAUGAGAGGUUUGAACAGAUAAUGAGAGGUAUGCAGGGUGCUCUUAUCAUAACCUCAUGUUUCCAGAUGCUAAUAAGUUUCCUAGGCUUAUGGAGAAAUGUUGUAAGGUUUCUUACCCCACUUUCUAUGGUUCCUCUCAUAACUUUUACUGGGCUUGGGUUCUGUUAUCUUGGUUUCUCAAUGCUGGCAAAGUGUGUGGAAGUUGGGCUCCCGGAGUUAAUUUUAAUGGCUAUCUUCUCACAGUAUCUUCCCCAUUAUGUAAAAACAAAGAGGCGCAUAUGUGAUAGAUUCUCAGUUCUGUUCUCGAUUUCAUGUGUAUGGGCUUAUGCACAAAUUCUGACUUCAAGUGGUGCAUACAACAAAGCUUCUUUCGACACUCAAGCUAGUUGUCGCACUGAUCAUGCCGGACUCAUUAGUGGAGCUCCUUGGAUACACAUUCCUUAUCCAUUCCAAUGGGGGCGGCCCACUUUUAAUGCCGGUGAAGCUUUUGCAGUGAUGGUGGCUUCUAUUGUUGCUUCUAUUGAGUCUACCAGCACAUUUCUUGCUACCGCAAGAUAUGGGAGUGCCACGCCUGUUCCAGCUUCCAUUCUCAGCCGCGGUGUUGGCUGGCUGGGAUUUGGGACUCUGCUGUCUGGUGUAUUUGGCUCGGUGACAGGGCCUACUGCAUCAGUUGAAAAUGCUGGUUUAUUGGCAUUGACAAGAAUUGGAAGUCGAAGAGUCAUUCAAAUAUCGGCUGGCUUUAUGAUUUUCUUCUCAAUAAUAGGGAAAUUUGGAGCGUUUUUCGCUUCAAUACCUCUGCCAAUUGUAGCUGCUUUAUAUUGUUUCUUCUUUGGUUACGUAUCUGCUUCAGGGCUUGGUCUUCUCCAAUAUUGCAAUUUGAAUAGUUUCAGAACCAAAUUCAUACUAGGCUUCUCUUUCUUUCUUGGACUUUCAGUACCACAAUAUUUCAGGGAAUUUCAACUUAGUUCAGGAGCCAGCCCCGUUCACACGCAUUCUAGAUGGUUUAAUGACAUAGUAACUGUCAUCUUCACGUCCCAUGCCACAGUGGCUGCUUUAGUAGCCAUGUUAUUGGAUUGCACUCUAUCCCGCGAGGACGACGUGGCGCGAAAGGAUAGUGGCUCACAAUGGUGGGAGAAGUUCAUCUUCUAUAAUGCAGAUGUUAGAAGUGAUGAUUUUUACAAACUGCCUUGCAAACUCAACAAGCUUUUCCCACCUUUGUAAAAGGUUUUAGGAGGAGUUUUGGAUGAAAACUGUCAUUACUUAUUGCACCUUAUUUUUAAUUUUAAUUUUAAUUUUUUUAAAUUUUUAGAUGAAGGAAUUAAGUAGUCGGAUCAGAAACUUAAACUCAUGCUUUCCAUUCUUUGGUAGCUAUGUUAUUAUUAUUGGACAAUUUUCACUAUAUUAAAGUAGAUUAAAU